AUGAUGGAGAUUGAAGUCUCCCACGACCACCUGUUGGCCCAUGUGCCCAUGGUGCAGCGCCGUGCGGAGCACCGUGAAGGAUCCCCGAAUGGCUUCACCCACCCGGGCCCUGUCCGCGGGGGCCACACCAACCUUGCUAGGGACAUAGAUAUUGUGGAUAUCCACCAAACCCAAGGCGGUGCGAACGAAACAUACACGCGGCUUCCCAUCCUCGCCAUCCUUAACCGGCGUCGGGCGAAGAAAAACAUGAAAGUUGCCUCUCAGUGCCUGCGAGAUCUCCAUUCCCUGCACUUCUUCUUCGCCGAAGAGGUGCAUCAUGACCUUGUCCCUUGA